UGUGACGUUUGCGGUUGUUACAGCAACGUGUAAACUCUGCCGUUGCCUGGAAACGAAGAUAACGACAGGAGCAGAGCGUUAGCUGCGCUGCGCUAACUCAAAGUUAUUAUUAGUUUAAAUAAAUAAAAUAUAAGAGGCAGGAGGUUAAAGGAGAAGUUUAGAGGACUGACCGUGGACCAGUCUGUCACUGUGUCACCGCUGUUCACGGUGACUCAGCGCUCCGGAAGAUUUUAAAGCACUUUAGCUUCAGCUCAGUGAGGAAGCUAACAGGCUAGCUUUAGUCAGUUACAGCUGUCAUGUCGGCAGAUGGAGGAUGAAGAGCAGGAGGUGACAGAGGAGGAGGAGGACACAACAAACCCACAGCCGGGUGGAGGUACUGCAGAGAGGCCGCCAGAGGACGACACAGAGCCGGGGAGUGAUGAGGAGGAGGCGCGGGUUGACAGGUCGAAUCCAGAUGUGCUGGAGACUGUUGAAGAAGCUGAAACUCAGGCUGAUCUGCCCGAAGACACCGAGCAGCUCAGAGAGCCUCAGACAGAGAACAUCGGAAACUCUACAGCUACAGUGAAGGUGGUGCUGGUGCCGGAGGGUCACGUGAUGACGGUGGCGUUCGCCAUCGGUCUCAGCGUUCAGGAGCUGAAGAGUCACCUCGCCUCGGAGCUCAGGGUUCCUGUGGAGGUGCUGCAGGUCUCUCUGGACAGCAGGGUGGUGGAGGAGAGGCAGAGCCUGAUGGAGCUCGGCGUCCGGCCUCACGGCUCCAUCCGGAUGGAGAUGAGCUCCACCGACCCAACCACCCACCCACUCCGCCCGCUCCGCCCCCCCGAGCAUGACAACAUGCCAGACGUCAUCACUGUCCGUGUCCCAACAGGUGACGGAGAAUUCCAAGAGGUGGUGGUGGAGAUCGAGCGUCCUCCCCACCAGAAGGCCUUCAUGGGCGGCUACAGACACCGGCUGACGGGGGCGGAGUACCACCACGCCGCCGUCCAGACCCUGCCCAAGAGGAGACCUGACAGAGGAGUGGUCGUCUUCAGCCGUGACACACAGACAGUGGAGCUGAAGUCUCAGGCCCAGCAGUGUCCGGUCAACGUCUCCACCCAGAUGACCGGGAUCGGCUGCUACGUCUCCUGUAUCAACGACAAGCUGGUCGCCCCCGGCAACUACAUCAGCGCAGACGAGUGCCACGACAGGAGGCUGAGAGCCGUGAUCUGUCUGCAGUCGUACGCUCGGCGCUGGCUGGCCCGGCAGGAGGUGGAGCGGCUGAGGAGGGAGCGGGAGCGGCGGCUGGCCUGGAUGGAGCUGCAGGACAGGAGGAGGAGGGAGGAGAGGGAGGAGCAGCUGAGGGACCGACGCCAGCGCUGGAUGAACCCACAGAGGAGGGAAGACUUCAACCUGCUGUACCGAGCCCUGGAGAAGUGGAGGUGUGAGGAGGAGCAGACCAUCAACUCGUCCCUGUGUGGCUCUGAGAGGAAGGCGGCGCUCUGUUUGCUGCUGGAGCAGGAAGCUCAGCUCAUCGCCACCAUCGGACGCCAUCGCAUCGCCGUCCACAACAACAACUACGACAAAACCAUCAGGAAGUUCCUCGACAAGUGUGGGGCUCCUCAUCAGUGGCGAGCGGCCGACGGUCGGCUGAUCGAGAUGGACACUCAACACACCAUCAGAGCCAGAGAGCUCAGAGAUCUGUACGCCAGCGUCAACGAGUUCACGGCCGCCGAGGAGCAGCGGCUUCACGUCCUGAUGACACUCAAACACACCGUCAAGGAGCAUGAGUGUCAGCUGACCCGGGACAUCGUGGAUUUGAUCGACAGGGAGGUGGACCUGAUGACGAGGGGAGUUAAAGCAGCUCGUCUGGAGGGGCUGAGGAGAAGGAUCUGCACCUUGUUCCUCCAGUACAUCAAAACACCGGCGUUUAACCCUGAGGUGGCCAAGCUGCUGAAGGUUCCCCAGAAUCCAUCCAAGCUGAGGAGCGACAUGUUCCUCUGCCGCAGCUGCCAUCGAUACCUGCGCUCCUCCGACUUCAGCUCAGCCGCCAGCGCCCGUCUGAGCGCUCGGUGCCUGGACUGCGCCGGUCUCGACAACAUAGCCAGAAGCCGCGAUGAGUUCUCCUGCUACAAAAACAUCCUGAAGAGGCUGAGAGCUGAUGAGCAGCAGCUCAACGAGGACGCUAAGAUCCCCUUCCUGCUGCAGGUGGAGGACCUGCGGUACCUGGUGAGGGUGGUCUGGGCGUCCUGCUCGGCCCUGAACGCCAGCACUGACCUGUACAACCUGGUGUUUGUCCGCUGGGAGCGGAAAAGAGACUGGAGCCCCUGGAACUGCAUCCUCCUGUCCAAGGAAGAGACUUCAGCUCACAUGGAGGUUCAAGACGUCCACAAGGCGUACGAGGCGACGUUCGUCCGCAGGAUCGAACACAAACACAUGCUGGCUCGACGCCACUUCAGCCAGAUCCCCGUCAUGGCCGAGUACCUGGACUCUCAGCCCAGCGCUGCCCUGGGCAACCAGCUCGUCUCUAAGCCCGUCACCAUGACAGCGAAGCACGCCGCCGACACCACGCCAGCCUUGGCUCGUUAGCAAACACCCCGUGGUUUUCUUUCUUCUGCAGCUGUUUCCACUGUCAUUGUCUGUCAUUUUCUAAAACAAAAACAAAAGUCUUGAAUAGAUGUUUCACUGUUGCUUUGACUCGUGUGCUUUUAUUUUGAAACAGGAUGUAGUGACGUUUACACACAGUUUUCAGAGCCUCUAAAAGAUUCAGCCUGAGAUCAUCUUAGAGGAGGUUUAAUAGCAGUGAUGUAUGCAGAGCUCGAGGUGGCAGCGACUCUGUCUCUCUCAUCAUCAGCAGAUAAUUCUCUCUCUCUGUGUCUGUUGACAUUUCCCCACAUUACAUUAUUGUCCUCAUGAUUACAGGUGUCAUGGCGUGCUCCUGCAUGCUCUGGGCAAAUAUAGAUUUAGUCUGAUUUACAGAAUGUUUAAUAAAUUAUAACCACACUGCAAGAUGAUGAUGAUAUAAACACACAUGGUUUCCUCACAGUUAAAUGGUUUAUUAUUUAAACUCUUUUAAAUUCCACCGGAGGCUGACAUCUGAGCAAACAUCUGAGAUCUGUCACACUAAUGUAAAAUUAUGGAAAUGAAAUAUAUAUUAGAGGAGGGCCCAGUAUUUUAGUAAUUUAUAUAUUUCCAACUUGUAAACAUUCAUAUCCUGUGUUUUAAAUUUGGGCUUGUUUAAUGCAAAUA